UGAUGAGACAUUAAUGUCUUAAAUAACAUUUAAUCUAGAAUAAAACUCCUGACUAAUUGAACAGUUUUAGCAUUUUUAUGGGAUUUUCUAUGAUUACGUAGGCAUAUUUUUUCAUGUUAAAUUUAAAUAGUUAGAAAAAUAAUUUAAAUUUCAUAUUAAUAAAUUAAUCAUUCUGUUUUUCAAGUACAAAUAUGUUAAUUAAAUUUAUAUUUUGUAGAUAGAAGAGAAAUAUGCUAAUGAAAAGGAAAUGUUAUUGAAAUCAAUAGAAGAGUGGAAGAAAGAUGAAAUGACCAGGCACACAGCUGAAUUAGAAGCUGUACGAAAUACAUUUAUGAAAGAGUUAAAAGAAGUAGAAAAAAAACAUCAAAAUUCAGAAAUAGCAUUAAAAGAAUUGCAAGAUAAAUAUGCUCAAGUUAGUCAAUUAUAUUUAGAAAAAAGUCAUUUUCAACAUUCAUCAUCUUUAGAAAGAGAACAAGAAGUGCAAGCAUUAAAAGAACAAUUUGAGUCUCAAUUGAACUUUGUUGAAUCUGAUCUUCAAAAAUAUUUGAAGAAACAAGAGAAAGAAUGGCAAAAGAAAAUGGAAAAACAGCUAUAUGAACGCAACUUAGAAAUAGAAAAGUUGAAUAGUGCGCUUCAAGAAAGCAUUGAACAGAUAAGGAAAGAACAGGAAAAGAAGGCUUCUAAUGAGAAGUAUUAUGUAAAGCAAAUACAGAAAUUAACAGACAUAUCAAAGGAACAAGAAAAGAAAUUGAAAGAAAUUUCUGAUAUGCAG